UGUGAGAGGACCUGCGGUGACCUUUCUUCCCCUCCUUCGCUUGCCACUAUGGCCUAUAAAUAGUCUCCCUUCUCCCUUCCCUCGUUCCCAUCCCACACCGACUACACUUCUCUUUGAGAAGUCCACUGUGACCAUGAAGUCAUCAAUCCUCUUCCUCUUCCUGACUGCACUCCUCCUGCGCCGAGCUCCGACGGCAGUGUCGGUGACAUGCAACCCAUCGGAGCUCAGCUCAUGCGCAGGGGCUAUACUGACGUCGGCGCCGCCCACCGCCGCCUGCUGCGCCAAGCUGAAGGAGCAGCGGCCUUGCCUUUGCGAGUACAGGAAGAACCCCAACUUGAAAGGUUACAUCAACUCCGAUAAUAGCAAGAAGGUCUCCAAAUCCUGCGGCGUUCCCAUUCCGAGCUGUUGAGUAGAGUUGCAGUGGUCUCUUCUUCCCCUUGUCCUUCGAGUAUCUACUAGUCUUGUACGUACAAGUUAAUAGUAUCUACUAGUCUUGUACGUAUAAGUUAAAUGUGAUGCCUCAAGAAGUAUAUCCCCAAUCGUCAAAGGAAACCUUGUCUGGUGUCUUCAA